UUAAUGUUAAUCUGUUUAACAUUGAAAUUUACUCCAUAAUAAAUCAAAUAUAUGAAAACAAUUCAACAAUAAACUAAAGAUUAUUUACUGGCACGAUUGUAUUUGACCAUGUAGUUAGUGAAAACAAUGAAAAUAAAAAGAAUAUCAAAAGUAUACGUAAGUUAUACGAUAAGAGUUAACGGAAUGCAAGAAUGAACAUGAAUCAAAAUGGCGAAUAUAAUAUCUUGAAGUGUGUUGGAGUCAUGUUUCAUGUCAGUUUGUCAAUAGAAACGCUGAGUUUUAAAUACUUUAAAACUCUCAAUGGACAUUUUAUUAAUAUUAAAUCAAAUUUAUACAGUGGCUUGUCAAUUUUAUAUAAUUUUAUGUUGAAUAAUAAGAGGAACAUAUAUUAAACUCCUAUUUAUAUUGAUUAAAACGGAAACAAAAUUAAAUCGUCGGUAUAUAGAAAAUCACGGAAUGUCGCGGCGCGAAGAUUCAAACAGGAAACGCGCAUUGCGUGAUAUCUUGGCAUAUGAAGACACAAUCACAGUCGAUGUCGAAAAGACCGUGCAAAAAGUCAGAGAACGCGCCAAAACGCUGCACGCAGAACUGGAUAUGUACAUUACAAACAUUCUUAAUCAAAUUAAACAAAAAUUUGAACAAGAAUUAAAUAAGAUACGGUACACUGUUGACAAAUUGAAAACCAACGAUCAUAGCCCGACACGCAAAGGUACAUCUAGAUCAAGUUCAAUGGAUAAGUCACCACGUUAUAGGUCAACUCCACGCUCCAGUCUAGACUUUAGUCUCCACAGCCGGACGUCAGUGAGCUAUGUGGACGUUGAUGAAAUGCAUCAAUAUGAUAAGAAAGAGAUACAUUUUGUUGAAGGUGAAGCAAACGACAAGGUUUUCGAGAGAUUGGUUGGUCACUACACGUUUGAUACUACCACGCCGAUCACAUUCAAUGCUGUACAACGGUCUAUUAUAUCAGACAAUAAGUCCGAAGUGAAACUAGUAAAAACUUUCAAAGUAGGAGACAAAAGUGAGACGGUGCACGCUAUAGCAACCGUAGAAGAGGAUCAGGCUUGGAUCUGUUGUGGCUGGGGUUCAAGAAACCUUUCACUUUAUGACAGACAUGGCCAGAAGAAGAAAACUGCAUCUCUGGAUAUACAGGUGAAUGAUGCCUGUACCUUUCAUGAUGGCAAAGAUGACUCUGUUCUUGUUUCAAGUUUCCGUGAGAAGAGUAUCAAGCGUCUGAAUACAGAUUCUCUUCGUACGUCAGACUUUGCGUAUAUCUCCCUAUUUCCUGGUGGCCUUGCAGCAGAUCGACGAAGUGGUUUAUACGUAUGUUUCCGAGACAGCUACCAGCGUCAAGCAAUAUUCGGCUCCCGUCGAAUGGUCGCGAAACUAUCGAAACACGGCGAAAUCGUUGCCACUAUGGAAAAGAACGAAGAACAGACUAAUCUAUUUGGAUAUCCCUUCCGAAUUGCAGUAAAUACUAACGGAGAUAUUUGUGUUUCGGAUUACGGUGACGGAACAAGGGGUGUUACCAUUUUAACAAAAGAUGGGCGUGUCAAAUGUUGGUACAGAGGCCCACCCACUGGGAUUGCCAGCGAUCAACCUUUCCUUCCCCACGGAAUCGUCUGUGAUGAAGAUGGUCAUAUUCUGGUGUCAGACUGGAACAAUGAUUGUAUUCAUGUACUUGAUAAAGAUGGAAACUUUCUUCUCAAUCUAAUUAGUAAAAAAGAUGGAUUAGAAGGACCGAAUGCACUCGGACUUGACAAGAGAGGUUACUUAUGGGUCGGUGACAGUCACGGUGUUGUUAGGAUUUUCAAGUAUUCGGUUUAUGAUGGCUGAAACGUAAAACUUGUUGCAUAUAUGUUGUAUGAAACCAUUAACAUGUGUAAUCACACUCGCAAUUUGUCUUCCACUUUAUUUGAAAUCGUAUCAAAAAGGAUACAAAAUGUCUAUUUUAUAGUGAUGUCGAAAACCUGUAAUUUCUAAAAGAACGUUGUCAAACAUACAUAUUAAUCGACACACCAUAUGAUACUAUGAUUGGAACAAGGAAAAGGAUGUUCAGCUAAACUUAGAAAAUUUAAAUUCAGUUAAUUGACAUUGCACUGGAUUAUACAUGUAGAGUUGAAUCAAAUUUAUAACAAUUAAUACAUUUCUAAUAGAACGUAACAUUUUAAUUUUAUGUGAAUUUACAAUAUAGUACAAUUAAAUUAUGGGAAACUGCAAAUAAAGGAAAAGGGGUAUGGAACUGUUUGAAGUCGCCAUAAAAUCGUAGCUAUUUUAGGCAUACUUGUUUCGAAAUUUG